AUGAAUUAAAAUUAGUAAGACACCGAAGGGCCAAUCUCAAAAUUAAAUCAGUUGAUGUUAACAGAUGAACCCAUAGGUGAAAUCUAAGAUUUUCUCAAUUAUUCAUUAUCCGAUGGAUGCUUCUCAAUUCAAGGUUCGAAAGUCAACACCAAUAACAACAUACCUAGUUAAAGCUCUAAACACAAAGGCCAUGAAUCAAAAAGAGUUACCUUUGACUCCUCUAUUAACAGUCCAACAACCUAAUUUUUGAUGAAUCGAAAAAGCUAAAAAUCUUCCGAUCCUCAACAAUUAUAGCAUCAACAACAAUAAAUAUUCAGUGUAAUCUAAUUUUGUUUUAUCAAACGAUUCAUUAACAGAAUAAGUUGGAAAAAGAAAAUCAACUCAUAAUUCAACCUUUAUUAAUACAAUAUCAUCCGAGAUUUAGGGUCUUCUUUUAAUUUAAAACUCUUUCGUGAUAGUGCAUUGAAUUUGAAGCCUAUGAUCAGCUAAUUCAGUCAGUCUUCUGAUGGGUUGCAGUAGAUUAUCAAAAAAAAGUAUGAAUUGUCUUACUAUUAAUAAUAGGGAAUUGUCCAAAAAAAUAAAAAAGUAAAUUACACAUUUAAAGACAUGCAAGGAUAAUUUAAUUAAAAAAAUUGAAUAGGAAAUAGAAAAGAUUCCACUGAUUACACCUGAAUCUCGUUUGAAAAUAGUGUGGGAUUGUGUAGUAAUGUUAAGUAGACUCUAUUUUCUAUUUACAAUACCAAUAGAUUUGGCAUGGAAUAAAUAUAAAAUCAUAUACGGAGAGCUUUACCUUCCAACAAUUAUGAUGAUCCUCCUAUUGGUUUUUGAUUUCAUUUUGAGUUUCAAUAGUUCAUUUUAUUAAUUUGGAUAAAUAGUAAGUAAUAGAGCAACAAUCGCUAAGAAUGUAAUAAGUAAAAGUUAUGGAUUGGAAGCGAUAUCAAUAUUAAUUCUAAUUAUUUACGCCAUAAUUUCUAAUUCCUCUUAAGAAUAAGAAUUCAAUCUGUUAACAGAAUGGUGGGAUUUAUUAAUGCUAUUGUUUUAUGUACAAUGUAGGAAUAUUCCUAAAUUGAUAAGUCAAGUCGAGGAAACCCUAAAUUUGUCAAAGCCUAGUAGUUCUCUAUUGGAAUUAUUUAAAUUAUUGUUAGUGUUGUUCUUUGUUUUACAUUGCUACUCAUGUCUUUGGUAUUUUGUAAUUUAUUCCAUUUAAUAUUUGUUUAGGUUGGUUAUUACAGUUACUUGUAUUCAGAAAAAGGGAGCUGGUUAGAAUUCUACCACGUAGAACAUGAAACUUGGUAAGUGUAAUAUUUGUAUUCAUUUUACUUCUCGACUGUUACAAUGUUUACAAUAGGUUAUGGAGAUGUUGUGCCCAUCAGUUAUUUAGAAAGAGUGAUUGCCAUUCUGUAUAUGAUGAUAUGCAGUAUUCAACUAAGUUACAGUGUCAGUACUGUUGGUGCCAUAAUUGAUACCAUCUCUGCUUAUGGACAGGAGAAGAUGCGAAAAAUGAGAAAGAUAAAUGCUUAUAUGCAAAAUAGAAAGAUUGAGUAUUAAUUGCAGUAUCAGAUAAGAGAAUACUUGAACUAUUAUUGGGAAUCAUAAAAUCAAGUUGAGAAUGAUGAACUCAACGAAAUCAUUAAUUAGUUAUCAGAGAAUCUCAAAGAGAAAUUGAUGAAUCAAUCAAAUUCUUUGAUUUUGAAUGAAUGUCCAUUAUUUUAACAUAAUUUUAGUGAUGCAUUGAAAUCUAAGUUAGUAAACAAAAUAAAAUAAACAGUAAUUUAACCAGAAAAUAUAAUAAACUUUGAUUCACUAUUUCCUCAAUUACCACCAGGUUAAUUGUUUGUUUGUUUCGUUGAAUUUGGAGACAUUCAAAUCUUUAUUCAAAAUGAUUCAAUUGAUCAAGUACUUGAUAAUCCAUAGAUUGCUGAAGUUUUUAAGGUUGGCAAAGGUUCUAGCUUGGGUAUUAUCAGUUUCAUAAGUGGUAAGCAAUCUUAGGAGAGAUUCAGGAGUGUUGGGUUUUCGAAAUUGCUAUUGCUAUCAAGAGAUGACUUUUUAAAAGUGAUAUAGGAUUUCCCAGAAGAUUAUGAGAGAUUUAGGAAUCUUUAUGAUAGUCUAUAAUUUGAGGACAUAAGUGUGUUACAAAUGAAAUGUUUUAGUUGCAAUUCCAAGAAUCAUAGAGUACUUUAAUGUCCCUUAUUACAUUACAUACCUGACAGAGAAUUGAUUUUAAAAAGAUAUUGUUACAGUGAGUCACAAAAAAGAAAUUCUAAAUACGAGCGAAAUCCUUUUAGAUAGAGAGGUUACUUUGCAGCUCGAUUUGAUUAAGAAGUCAUAGAAUAAGAAGCAAAUUCAUUUAAUAAUAAUAAUUGGAAGUGGGCAGAAUUUUAUGAAGAACCAGAAGAAGAUCAAUUAAAGAAAAGUGAAAUUCAAUAAUAAUAAUAAGUUGUACCAAUCUUAGAAUAAAGUAAUUCUAACUUAUAGGCAUAAUAAUAAUAACUAUAAUAAUCACAAAGUCUCGUUCUUCCCGUUUAACAAGUAACAGAUCAAUCCUCCAAAGUCAAUUUAGAACCACCAUCAAUUAAGAAAAAGGCCACUCUAUUCAAGUAGAGAACAAAAACUAUUGAAUUAUUAGACAUUGAUGAUAAAUAAUUGAAAGCAUCACUUAUGAGUAAAGCUAGGAACUAGAAUAUUUUCAAUAAUAAUCUUAUGAUAAUAAAAGAGGAGGACAAUCAAGAGAAUUCUCCAAAGGAAAAACACACUUAAGGCAGGGCAUCAUUUAGUUUAGAUAUGUAUCGGAAGAAACCUAAGGAAGGUAUUCAGAAAAUGAAGAAAGUAGUCUAAAUGAUUACGAAUAUGAAUAGAAUGAAGAAAAGACCAAAGAUAAAAAAGGAAACAAAAUCUAUUUUCAAUCAAUUCCUUGAAGUACUUCAAUCUUAGCAAUUUCUCAAAGGAAUAUAACAGAAAGUGAAAAUUAGAAUAAAACAAAUUUAAGAUGGGAAGAAAUAAAUACUAUAGGAGAAAGACAUUUAAGAUACGAUGUUGUUAGAGAUUAAGAUAAAGAUGUAAAUAGAGUAAUUAAAUGAAUAUUAAAAGAAGGAUUAAGAGUUAGUAAUGGAGUCAUAUAAAAAAUAUAAAUAAUAUUAGAUUUAAAAUAAUUUAGAUUAAAUUUUAGAAAAGAUAUACUUUUAUAAACAAUAGCAUACAUUGAAUAAUGAAUUAAAGAGUUCAUAAUCUAAACUAUUAAAAUAUAUGAUUUAUCCAGAAAUAUUUUUUGAAAAAUAUAGGUAUCAAUAGGUGAUAAUCCCAAAAUUUGAAAUAGAAGAAUCAAGAAGAGGAUCAGAUUAAGAUACCGAACAAACUUUGAAGCGGAGUCGUAUGCUUAAAAAGAGUUUUAGAAACUUAAAGUUGUCUCAAAUCAGGCCGAUGUCAGAUGGCACUGGAAAGUUUCAGAUGUGA